UCUGGACCGGGUUAGUGGCCGUUCCACCGGUUUCCGGGCCAACCUGGUCCAAUCCGGUUUAUUAAACAUAGCUUGGAAAUACAGUGAAGUAAGUUGUUGGAGAUUGGAGAUUAUUCCAGAAAACAUUUGGAACCAGAUAUGGCAGUCACGCAUUUUCCACUUUUCAUUUUAAUUCAUUUAUUUAUUUUCACCAUUUACUCCCCAAUAUUCCAUAGAUAUUGGAAUACCUUUUCAUCCGAUCUUUCACUUCGAUCAUUCUGCUAAAAAUCCCUUUUCUGGCAAAUGAGGGAAUCUGAUUUCGUAAAUGUUAAAUCAUGAGUAAGACAACAAAAUAAUCACAAUUUAUAUGUCAGUAAAUCUAUGCCUAUAUGCUGCGAUGGGCGAAGAACCGAAAAGUGCUCACUAUGAAACCGACUAUGGCUGCGACGGCGAUGGAAAUGAGGAUAGGGUUACGGAGUGGGAAGAAGGCCUUCCGAGCGCGGAUGAUCUUACUCCUCUGUCCCAGGUGUUGAUCCCACCGGAGUUGGCAUCGGCGUUUCGUAUUUCUCCGGAACCGUCCAGGAACACGCUGAACGUCAAUCGCGCGUCGCAGCCAGCAUUUUCCUCGCUCCAGGGAGAUCAGUCUCACACUCUCACUUCUCCGAAAAUUUUCAAUUUCAAUCCGUUGAACGAAGAGAGGAGGAACAGAGAGCGGAUCGUUGCCGACGAUGAUACAGAUCCGAGCCGAGAGGAAUCCGAGCCAAGGAAGACACGGAGGAUAGAGUUUAUUGGAGGAGCGGAGGAGGCCGACUCGCCAGAUCGGAACGAGAAUUGCGGCGACGAAUCGUCGGGCAAGACGGUGAAGAGGCCGAGACUUGUGUGGACGCCGCAACUGCACAAGCGAUUUGUGGACGUGGUGGCGCAUCUCGGGAUAAAAAACGCGGUUCCGAAGACGAUUAUGCAGCUGAUGAACGUGGAGGGGCUGACGCGGGAGAACGUCGCGAGUCAUUUGCAGAAGUACAGGCUGUAUCUGAAGAGGAUGCAAGGAUUAUCGAACGAGGGGCCUUCCUCUUCCGACCAUCUCUUUGCUUCCACGCCUGUUCCACAGAGCUUACACGAAUCCGGUCGCAGCAGCUACGGGAUGCCGCCAGUUCCCAUACAGUUUCAGCCGCCGCCGCAAAUAGUGCAGAUGAUUGCCAUAGCUGCAGCGGUUCAUGGACAGGGGCACAACGGUCAUUACGGAAAUGCAAACGGUGGAAUGUCUAAUAGCUUUCACCAUGAAUGUAAUCUGAUGCCCCAGAGGGAUUGGCUAGGGAACAGAUACGGCACAUAUCACAGUAUUACUCCUGCUGAUGAGUGAAAACUGAAAAGGAUAGAUAUAAGGUUCCUUCGUCUAUGAGCUUUUUAAUCCUUCCCCCUUCAUUAUGAAUUAUGAUAUACCAAGUACAUACUGAAAACGUUUCAGUGCGCUCUAAGCAAAAGAUGUAUAUGAAUAAUAAAUCAACUUAUGCAUUGGUGCUUCCAGGAUAGUCUGUAGCAAUUAGUGCGGGGAGUGAUUUCUGAGUCUGUGUUCUUAUCAUCUUUAAAUGCCAGUAUGCCACCUUCAUGAUGAAUGUAGUGAUGCAACUGAAAUUGCCCAAUUGGACCUUUUUUCCCCAGUGAAAGUUUCAGUUAUGUGUAGGUGAAAAUUAGAGAAAGAUUCUGAAACUGGUGAAUUUAUCUUUAAUUUACUUCAAGUGAAUACAUGAGGGAGAGAUAAUGUAUCGUUUUUUGAAUCCUUCCAUAAAUCUCUCCCUACACUUUAUCAUUAUCAUUGUUGUAUUUGACAGAAAAGAUUUUGGGAAGGAUUGAAAAGGAAUGUGGAUAAAGAAUAAGUUUGAGAGCAUAAGUAAAUAUUUUGAGAA